AAAUACAUCAUUCUUUCUUCGUCCCGAAUAUUGUAAAAUGAAAUGCAGUAUAUGUGAAAAAUCUACAAUUCAACGUUGUUCGAGAUGUCAUACUAAGUAUUACUGUAGUAAAUCGUGCCAAAAAAAGGACUAUUCUAAUCAUGUACAAGAGUGUCCUUCAAAGUCUGUGAAUAUUCUUGUUGAUUAUGUUUAUAAAGAUUUGAUUCCUAUUGACAACGCAGUGCGAUAUGAAUACGGCUUUUACAACUGCAUGCAUCCCGGGGAACUAUCAAAGCUUUUAGGCUUGUAUCAGGGCCUUAUAAAGUAUUUAAAUUGCAGUAAAUCUCAGCUCCAUUCAUGGUGGGAAAGUGGGAAUUUGGCAUUUCACAUUAAAAAGACUUUUGAAGAUGCGAACUUCAUCAACGCAUACUAUCAAUGGUUCUUAAAAAAUGAACAUGUGUUACAUGGUCUACGAAAAUACGAGGGCGAAAAAUCUGAUAAAGAAAUAGCGGAUAAGGUUUAUGGAAUGGUUAAACCAUAUCUUUCCGAGCAUGAUCAAACAAUUCCCAUCAAAUCUCUUCCAGAAUCAAAACGUAAUGUUUUUGCAUUCUAUGUGACAAUACUCUGUGGAUAUAUUGUAAAGAUUGAAGAACAAAAUUGGAUUGACUUUGGGUUUUGCUCCUGUAAAUCUGGUGAUGAUUACAAUGAUUACUUAAGAUUGACGGAAGAAAAUCGGUUGGCUAGUUUUUAUGAAGAUCUAAUCGUUCAAAAAGGCUGUAAGGUCGAUGAAUUCCAUGAUGCUUACUUAUCUGGAACAAUAUUGAAUUUGUUAAGGAGAAAUUGUAGCAGUAAUGAUUGCAAUUGGCUAUCAGAAAACAAGAUAGAAGUUCGUGGAUACCAUCAACCAAAUAAAAGUGUUUACGAUCUCAAGCAGUAUGCGUUGAGUGAAUCUGCACGUCUCGUGCCUCCUGUGUAUGUAGAUUAUGGCUUUAUAAAUUGUCGUACGGAAGAUGAGAAAAGGCAAUUUAAACAUAUGUAUAGGAAGUUAAUCAAAACUCCUCGAUUUGAUCCACGGGAUUUACAUGAAGCUUGCUUAGCAGGAAAAAUAUUUGAUUAUGUCAAAUCCAUUCUUCCUGAUGAAGUAUUGAAAGCCGAGCUCUUUAAAAAUCCGUAUCCUUUGAAAGAUAUUUGAUCAACCAACUGAUUAUAUUUUAUGUAUUUGUUAUUUGUAUUUGCACCGUUUCAUAUAUAUAUAUAUAUUUGCCUUUUAAGAAAUUGAAUAUUUAUGUGUAUUUUUUAUUCUAACCAAUCAUUAAAUAAAUAACAUGAUAUCUCACUUGUG